AAAUAUGAUCUUUGUGAAAUAGAUCGAAGUCCGAGAUGCAAUCCAAUAAAAUCAUUGAUAUAAUGAGAUUUGAAAGAGCAGUGAGUAGAGAAGGAGACGCCUGCCAAGGAAGCUUGGGAGAGGACAAAAGAUACAGAAGAAGAAGAAGAAAAUGAAGAGGAUUUUGGUGACUUUUGAUAUAGAUGGAACUCUGAUAAAGAGUUCUGGGUUGCUGCAUCGCCAAGCAUUUUCUCACGCUUUUCUUCAAGUUUUCAAUGUUAAAGGCUCCAUUGAUGCGAUCAAGUAUCAUGGUCAAACAGACCCGGCAAUUAUUGUGAAGACCCUGGUUCACUAUGGCAUUCCUUAUGAGUUGGCAAAUGGGAAAUUGUCAAUUCUUAAAUCAAGCAUGGUAGAUUAUGUAAAGAGCCAUGCUGAGGAUAUUGUAAAGGGUCUGGAAGUGCUCCCCGGAGUUGAAACUCUCCUUCAACGUCUAUCAUCACAGAAAAAUGUUAUAAUUGGGCUGGUGACUGGAAACUUGGAAGAAAUUGCAUGGAUGAAGAUGGAGGCCUUAGGCAUCAAGAAAUACUUCACAGUUCCUAACUUUGGAGGAUUUGGAAGUGAUCAUAUGGUGCGUGGACAUCUCGUGAGAAUAGCAGCAGAGCGUGCUGAAAACUUAUUUCCCGGGAAUUUGGACUUACGGGUGCAUGUCGGAGAUACAUUAAGUGACAUUGAAGCAGCCGAGUUUGGAGGGGCUCUUCCUGUGGGAGUUUGUACAGGGAUCUUUACUGCCGAUGAGCUCAAGGGAGCCAGCAAUGGUGGAAAUGCUUUGAUACUACCAGAUCUUUGUGACACAAGAAGAUUCAUGGCCAUGCUGGCAGUAGAUGACUAAACUCACUUUGCAGAUAUUUAGGAUACUUAUCCUAAUGGUCUCAGUGUUGGUGGAUAAAUCAAAAUAUAUGCAACUAUCUCUAACAAGCAGUAACCCAUCUUCCUAUUUACUGUUCUACUUCGUAUUCUCUUGCUUUCUUCUGAAAUCACCCAGCUUCUGCAAUAUUACCUUUUCAUGGGAUAUAUGGUGAUAACAUGAAUAACGUUGAAAGUGUAUGUUGAACUGUAUCUCUCUCUUUAAUAUUAAGAGCAUCCCCAAUAGGAAGAUUUUGGAUGGUUUUUAAUGCUUAUGUGGAGGAGAGAGAGUAAUUUUGGUCUUUGCAGGAAGACCUUGUUUUUUGUCCGAUGUGUGGACCCUACCAAAUAAAAUGCGCACCAGGAGCGCCAUGCACCGGGCGCAUUACUUCAUUUCCCUUGUUCUCUUUUUGUCACCUUUGCAAAAACUCCUCAAAGUUAGGACCUCUGAAAUGUGUCCAUUUUUUGUCUGGUCA